UCUCCGCUUUUCUAUAACGCGGUUCGCCUUUCCGCAAUCGUUUCAUUUCUUCAUAGCGGCUGCGUCUUAACGAUUGCGGUAGUCGGUAACAGUUAAAAACAGAUAAAUACAAAAAAUAGAGUGGGAUGGCCGACGAAUCAAUGGAUGCAUCGCUGCUGGAACGCGCCGACAGCCAGAGCAGUGUCGAGGUUCCCGCAAAUACUAGCAGCAGGAGAUCGGGCCCGAGUGACCUGAAGAUCGCCGGCUCCGUGCUGCUGGUGUGCAUGCUCAUUGGCGGGCAGGGCCUCACCGCGUACUUCGUCUACAACCAGAAGAGCCAGAUCGGCAGCCUGGAGGACACCGCCAAACUGCUGAAGAUCAAGAUGUCACAGGGGUCGUCUACUGGCAAGAUGAUUCGCAUGCCCAUGUACAGCGCUCCCCUUAUGACUCUCUCCAACGAGGACAGCAAGAAGAGCACUCCUAUGAGGAAGCUGGAGAACACGGUCACUGUCAGUCUGGAGAAGCAGGUGAAAGACCUCCUGCAGGACGAUCAACUGCCCCAGUUUAACGAGACUUUCCUGGCCAACCUGCAGGCACUGAAGAGCCAAAUGCAAGAUUCGGACUGGAUGGGAUUUGAGAGCUGGGUGCGUCACUGGCUGAUCUUCCAGAUGGCCCAGCAGAACCCGCCGGAGCCGACGCCGACCCCAGCCGCAGCCUCCGGCCUGCAGACAAAGUGCCAGUUGGAGGCGGGGGGGGCACAACGGAUUGGGUUCUACCGCCCCCAGUGUGACGAGCAGGGGAACUACAAGCCCAUGCAGUGCUGGCACAGCACCGGCUUCUGCUGGUGCGUGGAUCGCAACGGGGAGGUGAUCCCUGGCACCUCUGUGCGCGGGAAGCCCAUGUGUGAAGGCAGGACCGCUGAAAGAAAGAUGGCCAUGCCCGGCCUCACCAGGCUCAUGAAAGAUAUGGGAGAGCACUGAAGACAGCACAGUGAACGCAGGAUGAUGCCUGCCACCAUGUGUUCUUAUUUUAUCUUUAACAAUGAAACAAUCAUUAGUGAAUGGCUCAUAAUGUCUAUCUCUCUUUUUCAUUUACAUUGUGUUCUGGUGGCGGAUAUUUAGACAUAGAGAGAACUCGCUCAAAGUGUGUUACUGAACGGACAUCUGCAAUAGAGGCUUUAUCCUUUUUUUAUUAUUAUUUUUUAAAGUACCUUGGGAAGCCAUUUUGUAAAGCUUUUGAAGAUGGGAGGCUGUACUUCCUUCCCACCAUUUAUAGACACCCUCUCUCCAUUGAAAAGCAGGUGAAAAACUUUUACUAUGGAAUUGUUCUUUAAAUUGAUACUUUGACUUCCCAGAAGUAGGCUAAUCAGCUUGGCUCUGUCACCUGUUCCUCAUGAUCAGUUCUUACAUAGCCUAUACUAAAAUAGAUGGCUUGGAAGGUUCCAGCAUGUAAAAACAGCAAGUCUUUCAAUAAAUUGAAUUUGAACCAAA